GAGUUUGACACCCCUGCCCUAAGGAGCUCUUAGCUGUUGAAGAGAAAUAAAGUACGACUGCUUCUAACAGGUUUCCGGUCAUUCUGACUUGCAUGUUUCAUUAGGCAACUUUGCUGUUUUCUUGUUGACUGACUAUACUGCUGUCGCACAAUGAGUAUUCUUGCAUACAAUGGCGCAGCCAUUAUUGCAAUGAAAGGCAAAGAUUGUGUAGCCAUUGCUGCAGAUCGACGUUUUGGAAUACAAGCACAGACAGUUAGCAUGGACUUUGAUAAAGUCUUUGAGAUGGGCCCACACCUUUACAUUGGUCUCCCAGGUCUUGCCACAGAUGUGCAGACUGUGGCCCAGAGGCUGAAAUUUCGGUUAAAUCUGUAUGAACUACGAGAAAACAGGAGGAUCAAACCAAAGACAUUCAUGAGUAUGGUGUCAAACUUGCUGUAUGAAAGGAGAUUUGGACCAUACUUUGUUGAACCAGUCAUUGCUGGCCUGGACCCUAAAACUUUUGAGCCUUACAUUGCAUCAAUGGACCUGAUUGGCUGUCCCAUGGAGACAGAAGACUUUGUUGUCAGUGGCACAUGUUCCGAGCAGAUGUAUGGCAUGUGCGAGUCUCUGUGGGAGCCAGACCUGGGGCCAGACGACUUGUUUGAAACCAUAUCUCAAGCACUGGUCAAUGCCUUUGACCGUGAUGCUGUGUCAGGGUGGGGAGCUGUUGUGUAUAUUAUUGAGAAAGACAAAGUGACCAAGAGGCUGCUGAAGACCAGACAAGAUUAAUGAUAACAUGGCUUCCGGCAGUUUUAUUCUUCGGAUUUACUUUUCUGGAUGCUUCAUGUCUUCUCCAUCAACUUCAUAAAGACUAAAACUCUUGUGUUUGAAAUAAAACUUGUGUCCAUCU